AUGAUCCGCUGAAAGUCCGAACAGUGACUGAGGAUGCAGUCCCAGACUGAAUUGCCCUGUGAACUGCUGCGGGAACUGGAGGAGUUCAGCUCUAUCGGCGAAUCGACUUCGAGGACAGCGGCGGCUGUGCGCACCGAGUCAGCGACAGCCUCCUCCGUGGGAACGGAGAAAGGUCCCGGAGUCGACUUGUUCCCGCCGCCUCUGCCCCCUCCUCGGAUCUGCAUGUGGAAGUACCUGGACAUCCAUUCUAUGGACCGACUAGAGAAGACCUCCAGUGUUGAGGAGAUGAGGGAGGUUCUGGCUGAGGUAAUGGGGCUGAGCUCUUCGGAGCAGAACCUUCGAGAGGCCAUCACCUUAGACCUCUUCUCCCAUGUGCUCAUCUUCUGCCGCCAGCAGGGCUUCUCGCUGGAGCAGUCAUCAGCAGUUUGUGCCAUGGUGCAGGACCUCCACAAGGCCUGUGUUGCUACCCCCUUGGACAAUGUGGAGGAAUGUUACCGCUACUUCACCAGUAUGCUUUUUUGCCAUGGAGUCCGGCGGCCUCCCUUCAGCAUCGACCUCUUUAACGAGGAUCAGCUACUGAUUCUGUCAGAUUAUGUGGUCAACACCUACUUCCGACACUUCAAGCUCUACAAAUACGUUUUCACCCCCCAGGUGCACCUGGAUCUAUCUUUGACUUAUGUAGGGCUGCAGCCAUCUAAGCUCUGGCCAAAAGAAGAAGAAGAAGAAGAAGGCAGCAAAGAAGCAGAGGAGCAGGCAGCACCCCUACAAGAACAAGAACUGGAGACAGUAGGCCAGCCACAACCAGAGCCAAGUCAGCUCUCCAUCCUUCGGGCCUUCAUCAAGGCCCAGCUGAACAAGGAGCUGGAGCAGCUGCGGCAGCUGAUCGAGGAGCGGCUCACUGCCAGCGAGGCAAGGCUCAGCAGCAAGCUGGCCACUCUGGAGCGGCCUGUCCAGCCGCCCCCAGGCAAAGGCAAGAGCAAGACCAAGUGA